UUCCUCAUGACCACUAAUGAUAAUAGAAAAUAAAACAAAAUCAGCCAAAGAAAGCAUCAAUUUACUUUCUUUAAUUUGAUCAUUUGGACAAUGUCUAUGAAACUGAAUGGAGUUAGUGUGAACUUAGGCAUGCAACUGAACAGACAAUUACCAAAGCACUAUAAUUCAGGAACACUACAGCCAUUGAAGCCUCAACCAAAACACUUGAAACCAUCAUAUUUGUAUGGCAGUAGAAAAGGCAUCCAUGUUUGCCAGUCUUCUCUUGUAGAUGAACAACAGCAAAUUUCAUUCACUGAACAUGAAACCCAUUUGAUUGAUGCUCUUAUUGGGAUCCAAGGCCGAGGGAAAUCUGCAUCCCCUCAGCAACUCCAGGAUGUGGAGAGUGCAGUGGAAGUGCUAGAAGGCUUAACUGGAGUGCCUGACCCGACAAACUCAAGUUUAAUUGAAGGCCAAUGGCAGUUAAUGUUUACAACUAGACCAGGGACAGCAUCUCCAAUUCAGAGAACAUUUGUGGGUGUUGAUUUCUUUAGUGUAUUUCAAGAGGUAUACCUUCAGACAAACGAUCCGCGUGUGUCUAAUAUUGUAAGAUUCUCAGACGUCAUAGGUGAGCUAAAAGUAGAGGCGGCAGCAGCUAUUGAAAAUGGGAAACGGAUUAUUUUCAGAUUCGACAGAGCAGCAUUUUCACUGAGGUUUUUACCAUUUAAGGUUCCAUACCCAGUACCAUUCAGGCUUCUUGGUGAUGAAGCAAAAGGCUGGUUGGAUACUACAUACUUGUCUCCAUCAGGAAACCUUCGCAUAUCAAGAGGAAAUAAGGGCACCACAUUUGUGCUGCAAAAGAGAACUGAACCGAGGCAAGCAUUACUUGCAGCCAUUUCAACAGGAACAAAAGUCAAAGAGGCAAUUGAUGAGUUCGUAGAAGCAAAUCAGAAGGUAGCGACAGAUGAGAUAGAACUUCUUGAAGGAGAAUGGCAAAUGAUAUGGAGUUCACAGACAGAAACAGAUAGUUGGAUAGAGAACGCUGGAAAUGGCCUUAUGGGCAAGCAGAUCAUUAAAAAGAAUGGGCAGCUGAAGUUCUUGGUUGACAUCAUAUUUGGUCUCAGAUUCUCCAUGACUGGAACAUAUGAGAAAUCAGGCACCAAGACAUACAAUGUUAUUAUGGAUGAUGCAGCAAUAAUCGGUGGCCCAUAUGGAUUACCUGUAGAGAUGGAAACUAAGAUUAACAUGGAGCUACUGUAUGCAGAUGAAAAGAUCAGAAUCAGCAAGGGGUACAACAGUAUUGUUUUUGUGCAUGUGCGGACAGAUGGAGGAGAACAAAAAUAAACCAAUCAACAUUUCAACAAUGAGACAUAAGACCCAUCACUAUCCUGCCCUCUUAUACCAGCCUGUGGCAUAUCCAUGUACCAUAGCCAAAUCACAUGUAUAUUUCAAAUCUAUCUUUUACAUGAAAACAUAAAUUAAUGCACUUCA